AUGACUACUCCACCUCCCUCAACUCCCAACCCGUCAGAGGGCGAGUACAAGAACCAUCGCUGUAUCAUCUGCGACGAUCUUGUCCCAGAGUUCCCGUGUUUCGAAGGACCUAACAACCCGUCAUUCGGUCCCAUGGUGAAACACCGACAUUGUACCCGCGGGGAAUUGCCGCUGGCGUUUCCCCAACACAUUAGCAUGCUCAAUGAGAUUGGCUUCACCGACGAUGUGGUUGAGUUUGGCGGAUUGAAAUUCCCCUCCUAUUUCCAUGGAGAUUGCUUCAAAGCCCUAGCGGCAGACAAGACGACUGAUGCAUCUAUCAAUAAAAAGGUCGCGUACCUUUGCGAAGCGCUUGUUCCGUUGUUUAAGUUGCCCCGCGGAAAUCCAACAGUCAUGGACGACUUCAUUUUGCAAAACGCGCUUACCAAGUUGGCUAAGAAACACGGCUGGGAUCGCCUCACCGCUGGAGAAGAGAUGGCAAAAAAGUUCGACGAGAACGAAAGUUUUGCUGAGAUGAUGUAUAAAAUGUGGCUGAAAGUUCCAGUUGAAAUCAAGCUGGACGUCUGGAAGCACCUUGAUAUCUGCCUGGCGAAGUCCCUGCUUUCUGUCACGGCGGAGACAGCAGACCUUCUGGGACGUGUAAAGUUCCCUGUAGGCGAGUGUACAGGUCGCAUCAACUUGCGAGGGCAGAUAAGGGCGUAUCUGAUCACCAUCCGCGGGUUUCAGUACAUCUGUGGCAUCCACGAUGGGAAGAGGUUGCUCGGCCACGAGAGUGACAAGGUGGAAAUGAUUGACAUUCCAACGGGGGUCAUCGCUGUCAAGUAUGUUAUCGGGCCAUAUGGGUUGUCAAGUUUGGGAAUUUUUGGUGAUAACAGAAUGGCUUGGAUUGGCGAUUACAAUACAUCGCAGAACAACAAGGGCAAGUGGGCAGGUUUGUUCCGGACAAAAACUGUUAUGAAGGAGUUGUCUUUCGAGUGGGAUGCUCUGAAAAUAAUUAGCGUCAGCAAUCCAGCGGAUAAGAUCCACAAACCGGAGUGCCAAUUGAUUUGGGACGAGGCUGUCCCAUUAGUGGCAAUGACGCCUUUCCCCAACCUCACGAUGUAUAAGAGACAGGAGUGCAGAGAUUACUGGUCAUCGUUCCCUCGAAAUAAACGACUGUCACUGGCUAAAGCUCUUCCGCUGUACGAGAGAGAAUUCAGCCUCUAUGGCGUGACCGCAUUUUGUCACAGAUCCGGGGCACUUAUCGGAUUACGGUCUGAUUUCAGAUCUUCCAAAAACAGCGAGAUCCUCCGAAAUUACCAAAUUGGAGAUCAAGAUGGAAUCCCAAUUCACUUUCGCCUACGGUCAAGUGAAGCGGUGGUCUGGGUAUGGGGAUACGAGGCAGGUCAUUCGCAUGUGCAAAUGCCCGGGAUGGUUAUUGGAACAAACCGCGGAAGAGCUGGAGUUUUCGGUCCUGUUCUGCCCGCUGGACAAGAAGGCUGGACCAUGGUCACGCACUUAAACCGUGGGAUUGUUCUUGCACUGUUCGUCACUCAAACCAAACUUAUCAAAGGUACCCAGAUCACAGAGUUCGGGACUCUGUGUUCAGAAAUUCCUGCACCUGCGGAGAUGCACAUUCCUAAUAUCGUCAACAACAAUCUGGCGGCGCCGCCUAGAAAUAUGAGGCGACAGCCGAUUUUCGUAACCCAUGCAUGCCUUAGGAACAUCAGCAAGAUUGUAGCCUGCUAUCGUGAGGAUCGCUGCUCCGGACUCCUGUUGGAACAUACUGACUCCGAUGUGUGUGAUGUGGUUGGGCGUUGGUACGAGAACGACAAAGACAAGCAUGUAACCCUCUUCUCUCUCCAGGGAUCCGCAGUCCCGCCAGCGAAACUUCGGUUCCAUCUGAGCUCGGGCGUGGGUGUACGCACCGUAGAUAGUAUUGAAGUACGCAUUGGGGAACAAGGUAAUUCGGACGGUUCUGGGGACAAUGACAUUGUUGAUAUUGAAGAUGAGUGGCAUUUUGCGUGGUGGUUUAUGGAUGAUGAGGACAUAGUCCGUCGCGUUCAUCUUCCUCAUUGA